AUGGCACUUCCAGCCGACGAUCGCAACCAAACGAGUAUUAGUAGUGAUCGCAAACCCGAAGCUCAAGACUCGGCCCACACUCGAGAGGUGGCCAAAGAAGUGUCGCCCAAAUUGACGGACAUUUCUGCCAAAAGCAACGCUAAGGACAACGCAUACGUCGGCGCCAAACGCGGCCCCAAACGACACACCAAUACCAGCGCCGGUGCCGACACUAAUGGCCACAAAAAGGGCGCCAAUAAGUCUCACAAGAGAUGUAAGAAUGAAUCCAAUGGCGAAGAAGUGACACAAUCGGAAGGGCAGCUGAAAGGGAGCGAUAGUAGCGAUUCGUUGGGCUCGAAGUCAGCGCCGAAAGGGUUUGACCGCAAACUGGAGGCGGACUACAUCUGCGGAGCGACCACUCGGUCGGGAGAAGUGAUGUUUUUGGUGAAGUGGAAAGGCGUUAAUUCAGCCGAUUUGGUCACCGCUAAGGAGGCCAACCUUAAGAUACCACAGAUUGUGAUCAAGUUCUACGAGACUAACCUCUGCUUCAAAUGA